AAAUGUUUCUCUACAUCUUAAGACUAAAUGUUUCAAGUUCAAACAAUUAAUUUUAUCACGCAAAUAUCUUGUCCAUCAAUCUGGAACCAAUGUCGUGUUGACCAGAACCAAUCCUUUGCUGACCAUCUACACUUGACAAAUAUUAUCACCACAAAUAAGUUUGACAUUCUUAUUCGGUGUUUGGUAUUCAGCUAACCUGCUGCUUCUGAAUAGUAUUUCCAAACAUUCAAAUUUGCAUGCAAUCGUUCAUAUCAAAUCCUUAGCAUAAAACUGUUCCAACAGACUUUAAGCAAUCGGCUAAUUACAACAGAAGAUCUUUAUGUCGGUUGAACCGACGGAAGUGCAGUUUAUUUUAGAAACUAACUGAUUUUUUCGAAGAAAGACUUUCCCACGAGAGAGAAAUGGCAGACCAGGAUAAUGUAGAGAGGGUAAAAGGACACUCGUUUCUUAUUGACAAUAUUUUAAGUAAAGACGACCGACCGGCAAAAAGUUCCAAGGACCAACACAGUACAAGAGAAUGUCCGAACCAAUCAUCUGAUUAUAGUCCAAUAAGCACGUUCGACCGAGUAACAAAUUGUUCUACUGACCAAUACAGUCCUAAAAGUAGGGACGAUGGAACAACAAAUAAUUCCAAUGACCAAUACAGUCCAAGACUCGAAGAAAUACAAGGUAUAUGUAGUUGUUCGGAAGAUAGCAGCAAUGCCUCUCCAGACUGUCAUUUGAAACUAAGACAUAAGAAAAAAACGCGCACCGUGUUUUCCCGUCAUCAAAUAUUCUACCUUGAAUCCGCAUUUGAAAUGAAGCGAUAUUUAUCUAGUACAGAGAGAUCAGAGAUGGCAAGAACAUUAAAACUAACAGAAACACAGGUUAAAGUCUGGUUUCAAAAUCGACGAAAUAAAUGGAAAUCACAAAUGAGUGGACAGGAUUCAUAUUCACCAGAAACGCCAAUGUACCCUCCUUUCCCACCAAUACCUGUAGAUCCAAGAAUUCAACAAAGACUUGCAAUGUUGCAUCAUGUAGCACCAUUUUAUUAUUGAAACACUUGACAUUCUGUGUUAUAUGUUCAUAUUGUCACAUUAUUAUCACCAUACACUAAAUAUGUAAUUAUAUUAUAGUUUUGUUGUGAGCUAUGCCGAUUCAAACAAAAC